UGCUUGCGAGCUAGGCUUUUUGUAUUUAUGCAACUCUAUUUAUUUACAAGAUAAUGCACGUUUGUGUCUGCCCGUAAACGUGCCAUUAUACCCUUCCACUACAAGGAAAAAAAGGAAUAGCUUCAGUUUAGGGGCGAAGUUUCUGUUCUGAUAUCUGAUAAUCUUCAAUGUACCAAAAGUUGAUUUUGUGACAAGUACGUCUUUUUAGCUAGAAAUACUAAAACUAUUAACAAGUUGAUGGUAAAGGUUUAUGUGCAUGUGGGUGUAAUUCAAGGAAACGGAAAAGAGAAAGAGACGAUACUUUGCAUCAUCUAGAGGCUGCUUGUAAAGCUUAUUUUUGCUUUACUUGUCUGCGUGCAGCUCUGGUCUAUGGCUGGAGGCUGCCUUACGUAUAAGUCCUCCUCUCAGUUCAUCUUUAUACAAUCAAGCAGGUUGGAAAUUAGAAGUUCAAUACUGAAAAUAGACUCCACCAAGGAAUGGAAAAUAGACUCCACCAAAGAAGAGUGUCAUUUUCUGAUCCCCAUUCUCCAAAGCACCAUGGGUCAAGUGACAGUAAAAGUGACAAGACUUGGAACUGGCUCCCAAGGAUAACUUCUCAUGAUGACCAUAUAAGAGACGACGAGUACGUAACUUCAGUUGCAGCUACGGCAUUUGCGAUUCAUUCUCUAGAAGAAGCAGAGUUACGUGACUCGCAAAAAAUGAGAGAGCACCCCAAAUCUUCAAGGCCUCAAACGAUGAGAAGAGAAGAGGAUGGCAUAUCAAAGCGGCUAAGUAAUGCAGGGGAAACUUCCAUGAAAAGAUCACUUGGACAAGACCCUCGGACCAAACAAACAGCUUUUCCUGUUAGACGUUCAAAUAGUACAUCAUCUCCAAGACCUGUAUCUCCUGCAGUAGGGUAUCAGAGGAAGCAAGGGGUUCCGUUACCACACAAAAAUACCAAAACCAGACCAGAAACGUGUGAAAGGGCUCUGAAAAAAAUUAUUCAAAAGCAGUAUGAGAUAAUGAAGUCCAAAAUUCUUUCCUGGGAGUUUGUGAAAACGAUUCAGGCCAGCGUUCAGGGAGCAAGGAAAAUGCAAAAUUACCACAGUAAGGUAAAAAGGGAAGAUAUGAUAGCGCAAGGAGCUAGAGCAGGGUUAGAACGCAGAAGAAGAGAACAGUUCGAGGCGAGAAAGAACUCAAUCAAAAAUCGAAAAACAAGCAAGGUCCCCAUGAAAUGUUUGUGCUUCAAUUCUUAGAGACAUUGUUGUCUGGCAUGGAAACAAAAGCAGCUAUCAGUGACUAAAUGUAAUUCGUGCUUAAACUAUUUUUAUUGAUCAAUAAAAAUGCUUGCAAAAUAA